CCAGUCAUGUUUUACCUUUAUGCCAUUCUGCUGACCAGUCACGAUCAGUGGUGACAGAAUCGACCAAUAAGAAUCCACCCUGACAGAUUUAAAAAUCCAGCGAGCAGGCUGAGAAACCUCCCCCCUCGUGUUGAGCCACAGAAGCAGAAUCACCAGCUGCUGCGUCACAUCAUGUGUGUGUUUGUAAGUCCAAUUUUAUCCUGUUUAUUUCUGUUUUUCCAUUUUGAUACCGAGCCGGUCCUGUUGAGCGUUAGUUUCCAUCUUUUGUACUUCCUACAUGCGUAAUAGCGGGAGGCGUGUCCUAGUGCAUGUGCUGAUAGAUAUUUGUAGUUGCUCCUCAGACAGAGUCUAAAGUGGAUCGUCAGUCAGCCUUCCCGUCUCUAUAAGAAUCUAGAUGUGUGUAUCAAGGUGUCUGCGAUGUGUGGGCGUGUCUCUAGUUCCCAUGGCGAUUGUCUGCAUACUGUGCAACAUCCUGCUACUGGUUCCUGAGCUGAAGAUCCAGUUCCUGUUGGACGGUCAUGUGACUAGAGAGGCUACCUGGGCCACAGGACUGUGGGGCUCUGGCUUCCUGGUUCUACUUGGAGCUCGAGCCUUUGUCCAGAGCAGCAGAACCCGAGGCUGCUGUGCAUUCAGGAGUCAGAUGUUGUGCCAGCUGCUUUACUCCUGCCUGUGUCUGCUCUCUGCUGCCUCUUGCUGCCUGGUCAGUGCCACUGGUCUGUCUCAGGGUCCCCGCUGCCUCUACAACGACUCCUCUGGUCCCACCUGGGGGGUCCCACUGAAGCCCCUCCCAGGCCGACACUCGGGAUACCUGUUCAACAGGACUCUGUGGUCUGGGGUCUGCUUGGAGCCCAGCUCGGUGGUCCAGUGGAACUUGGUCCUGUUCAGUGUGAUGGGGACUGUGAGCGGACUGCAGACGGUCCUCUGUGGGGCCAACAUCCUGAACUCCAUACUGGGCCUGAUUCUGGGUCAGGGCCUCUGCCACAGCAAGGUCUGUGGGAGAACACAGCUGUGGACCUCUGCUCCAGAUGUAGCAGUUUAUUCAUCCUGCGCGUGUGUGUGUGUGUGUGUGUGUGUGUGUGUGUGUGUGUGUGUGUGUGUGUGUGUGUGUGUGUGUGUGUGUGUGUGUGUGUUUCUAUGUUUCAGGUCAGUCCAGUUUCAGUUUGACAUGGAUUCGAUCCUGGGAGCUCCGACUGUGAUACACAGAAUUAAAAUUAAGUCUUUCACUGAUGCACUUUAGAUAAUCAAUAGCAUGAAGAUCAAUAACUUGAGAUACCUCGACCUUACGCAGGAUUGCAGUACAUGUACCAUUUAAUAAUUAUUUAUUUAUUUUCCUGAAUAAAACUAUUUAAACCUCCAGUUAAGCUAAAUAAUCAAUAAUAAUUAACGUGAGACUGACUGCUCA